AUGAAAGGAAUUGAGUCUUUAAAUAAGAGUGCAUACUUUAAGGAGAAAUAUCUUAAUCCUAACAAUAUAUUCAAUUAGAUAGAGACAAACUUAAGAUUAAUUAAAGAAAAAUGUGAAUAAUAAAAAUUGAAAUUAAUAUCAUAAAAUUAAAUGGAGAUGUUUUAAGAAGUAUUGGAUCAUCUAAAUAAUAUAAUACAGUGUAAUUCUGAUAGAUAAAUUAUUUUUAAAUAAAACCAUUAAUUGAUUAUUGAUUAUUAAUAAUAAUAGUACUAAUUGACUAAUUAUAAUAUGGAUUCAUAAAUGAAAUAUGGAGUUACUCUGAUUUUUCCAAAUUAGAUGACUAUAGAAGAAGUAUUUUCAGAUUAACUCACUUUUAAAGAAUUCUAUCAUUUUCUAUUAAAAAAAUUUUCUGAUGAAAUAAAAUAAAUGUUUGUUAUUUUAGAUUAAGAUACUAAUAUUAUAAAUCCUGAUGAUUGGGAUUAACCUUUUAUAUAUGGAAAUAAGUAACAUUCUUUAUUCUUUAUAUAAUCUCUAUAAUUCUAUAUAAUGUAAUAAUAAAAAUAAGAAAUAAGAUAAGAGACAUAUCCAAUUAAUUAAAAAGUAUAGAUUCAAUAAAAUGAUUUUAAACAUUAAAUAUUUUAAUCUCAUAAUGUAUAUCCUAACAAAGAUAUGAAAAAAGAAUCUCUAAAUAGUCAAUUUCAUUCUUCGAUUCUAAAAAAUGGUUAUAGUUUAAUGAAUGUAAUUUAAUAUAAAUGUUAAUAAUGUAAUUAGUCAAUUCAAAAUAAAUUAAUAAUGUUAAAAUGUUUCCAUAAUUAUCAUGAAGAUUGUCUGUGUUCAAUGUUAAAAAUAUAAAUAGAAUCAAAUUAACCAACAUUAAAUUGUUUAUGUAAUAAAAAAAUUAAAAUUAAUGAGGUAAAUGUAUUGAACAAAGUUUAGAUAGAGAGAUUAUAUUAAAAUUAAAUAAAUGUAAUUUAUUAGAAACAAUAAGCAUUAUUUAUUAAAUGUAAUAAAUGUCAAUUCUUUUACAUAAAAGCAUAAAAUAAAUCAUAAAUACGAUAGGUUUGUUUGAUGUGUUAAGUAUGA